AUGCGACGGCAAACCCUUCUUCCUACUGCGGCAAGGUUAUGGCCAAAACCUUUAUAUGGCUACCGAACACCUGUACAUACUGCACGAUGUUCUCCCUCUCACAUUUUUCGACGCCACUUUUUUUAUCCUUGGCAUGAACCUCCAAAAAGUCCUCUCAUGACGUUUGGAAGAGUACCGCCACCCAAGGAACCUCGAUAUUUCGGCGUAUUCUGUCCUUUAAUAAUUCCCAUUCCACGAACAGAAGUACUGUAUUGGGUGAAGAGCGUAAAGGAACAAAACCUAUUGAGAGCUUUAAUACUCAUUACUGAAAUAGUUUUCUUGGGAUCAUUAAUUCUCGGAACUGUAAUCGAGUUUCAAACCACGGAUUCAAAUCCGUUUGACUCUCCUAGAUUUACAAAGUUUUCUAUUGUUUCAGAGGAAACUGUCUCAUCGACAAGUAAACUCUUGACUAUUAAACCCAAGAAAUCUGUAGCAUCAGAUCCUUAUGCGGCGUACUGGGAGAAAGGUCUCUGGUCAGUAGAAUUCAAGCAACCAUUGUUGCAAAUUGCACGAUCUUAUACGCCAUUACCGCCGGAUGAAAACGCCACAAAUGGUAAACUUCGUUUCUUGAUUCGAAAAGAACCAAAUGGAGAAAUGUCGAAUUAUUUAUUUAGGCUACAAGCCAAUUCCGAAAUUGAGCUCAGAGGCCCUCACGUUGAAUUUGACUUGCCGGAGAAUGUGGACGAGGUAGUUUUCUUGGCUGGUGGAACGGGAAUUGCUCCUGCUAUGCAGGUUGCUCAUACUUUAUUAGAAGCGCGAAAGUUGGAUGGCAAACUACCACGGAUUUGUAUAGUUUGGGCAAAUAGGAGAAGAGAAGAUUGUGUUGGGGGCGAAAAGUACACAUCUGGCUCGAAGUCGGAUACACUUCCCGUAAGGGGCUCUUUUGUUCAGCAAUUGCAAAGAAUGCAACAAAAACACCCAGAGAACCUCCAAGUAGAUUAUGUUGUGGAUGAGGAGGGAACGUUUAUCAAUCAGAAGGUGAUAUCACAAGCCAUACAACCCAGUUCAGCAGUAGGUUCUGGAUCAGUCACAAAGAAGAGUGAUUCAAAGCUACUUUUUGUAUCAGGACCUGAGGGUUUCAUAAAUUACUUUGCUGGACCGAAAAGAUGGAGAAAUGGCAAACAAGAGCAAGGCGAAGUUGGAGGUGUCCUAGGCUAUAUGGGUAUCAAGGACUGGAAGGUGUUCAAGCUUUGA